GAGUCAAUAGUCCGCUCUUUUCUUUAGCAAACAAAGUUCAUUUCCAAAGUAAAAUACGCGAAUCAAGCAUUAAUGAUGAUAGAUCUUUUGUAAUAUCAAUAACAUCGGUUACACCAUGGAUAUAUGUGAAAACCUACGUCCCUUUGUUAAAAUACAACAUUGCUCGCGUUGUCAAGGAAAUACAGAAUUCUACUGCAGAGAGUGUUCUAUCGAUCUAUGUUCCAUGUGUAAAGAAAAUCAUUGUAUUAAGCUAGAUUCAAAAGAUCACGAAGUUGUAAAUUACCGGAACAAAGUCAUUAACCCACCAGAACAGGCUGCUUGUGAAAGGCACCAAGACAAUGUUUAUGAGACGUUUUGUAAACAAUGCAAAAUUCCAAUAUGUGUACAUUGUAGGGAACAUGCACAACAUGAAACUAUAAACAUUCUUAAAGCAUUUGAAAUGAAGAAAAAACAACACAGCAAAAUAUUAAACAACAUAAGGAGUGAUGAUCUCUAUUACAGGCAUGUUCUGCUAGCAAAUAUCAGGACUGAUUUAAAAUCUCGGCAAAGUAGAAACUUGUACAGUCAUGUUUAUUCACAGUUAAAGACAAACGGUCUUGAAGUGAAAGAUAUGAUUGAAAAUGUUGUAUGUAACGACAAGAAAAGUAGACAUCAGUGUUUAGUUCAGAAAAUAAAAAUACAAAGUCAUCUUGCUCGCAUAGAAAAAUAUGAAUAUCUAUACGAGCAAUCUGCAACAAAGCCAGUCACAUUUCUCUGGUUUGUAAAGAAAAUUGCCAAUGCCCAAAUACAUGGGACUCUUCCUUUUGAAAAACAUGGUAUUUUAGGGUUGAUUAACGGACCAAUUGAUAGAGCUUUGACUGAUAUAUUAAAUGCAAAAAUAGCAAAAAGAAAAAGACAUACAGAAAAUCAACAAGUAUUGAGGGUUAUGCCUCAGGUUGUUAAAAAAAAAUCUUUCAAAUUAAAUUGGGAGAAUUUAAUGUUACACCAUCCAUGCCAACCAUUAAACCAAACAUCAGAACAUAUUUGGCUGAGGAGUAAUAAUAAUCUGUAUUUAACAAAUACAAAGAGUGAAAAGUUUUUUGCAAUUUAUGACGAUCAACCUUCAGACCGCUUUUGCAUUGGGGCAUCACUUACGAUGACUCGUGAUAACGAGUUAAUCUACAUUGAUAGAAUGAGAACCAUCCAAAAAUUAUCAGGAGAAAUAAAAAUCGAAUUACCUUUAAUGCGAGAGUUUGUUUGUCAGCCAUAUUGUGUUCACAUCUCACCUUAUACUGAAAAUCUGCUCGUCGGAAUGUUGAACAGUAGAUCGGAAACAACUCUAAUUAUGAGUUACAACAUCAAAGAUUCUGGACCGAAAAUAAAACCCGAGAUCAUUGGCCAGAUUGAAAACUGGUUUCCCACUCUUUUGACAGAUAAUAUCAAUGGCGAUAUCAUUGUGGCUUGUUCCUACAGAGGUUUUCAAGUAAUGGACCGAGUAGGAAGUCUUCGUUUCAUCUACCCAAAAACGCCAGCCGGUUCUCUUUUAUGGACUAAAGGGCUUUGCACAGAUCCACUGUCACAUAUUCUGGUUUCAACAGGACCAUGCGUUUUUAUGAUUAGCAAAGAUGGCCAGUUUCUUUCAUAUCUCCUGACAAGACCAUUUGAUGCCGGCACGACCAGUUUGCUGUUUGAUCACGAGACGAAUCUGCUUUGGGUUAGAGAUCGGUCCGACACUUUUUCUGCAUACAGAUACAUUGAGAGAUGUGAAAUUUUGACUGGUUCUGAAAUCACUAUUUCAUCAUGCUGCAGCGAGACAGAAGAAGGUGGCACUUACGUAAUAUCCCAUCCAGGGGAUAGAGAUCUAGAAAAUGAAGGUUUGCAGAGGAUGCGCUCACACAGACAAAUGGACUUGUCACCCUCAAAGAAAAGAAAACUUAAUUAACCUCUUAGAUUCAGACAACAUCCUCGAUAAAAGGAAUAAGUGUCAAGUCCUCAAUUUGUUUAGAAGCCAAAAAUGAACGUUUAAAGAUAUUUUUUUUUAACUCAAUCCUAUCGAUAUGAUUUUUUUUUGUUAUCGGAUUCGGCCGAUCACUUUUGUGUCCAUAUGAGGCAUCCGGUAAAUGCUUCUACGUGCGCACACAUUCCGCUUGCAUAAGUAGUUCUUAUAAAAACUUGAAGUUUGGUUUAGUAUUUUAAUUACAUUUUACUCGGUUUAUUUCAAUUCAUUUACCUUAAGAGAUGCAAACAUACAUGAAAUACAGUUCGACCUGUUAAUUCAAGAAUGCACAUUUUGUCUCACGCGUAAGAAUUACGAUCGACAGAUUCAUUCAGUAAUGCAGCUGACCUCGAUGAACUGACUUCAGUCAUAAGAAGAUGCUCCAUGAACUGACCUCGAUCUAUUUAUGUUGCAUAAUAGUAGCUAGGAAGACGGCUUGAUUUAUAAACAAGGUUACGUUAUAAUGCGACUACAAUAGCAAGUUAUGAUGGCAUUCAAUGUUUUUCAGUCGCAUUAAACUAUUUGAUACAACUCUUUCUUUGUAUACGUGUUAAUGCUCUUUGAAGAGCCCUACUCAGUAUUCUGAAAAAGAAGAAGAAGAUACAUUAACAUUUGAUGAUUAAUUACGUUAAAAAAUAUAAAACUAGACAAGGAGUUUACGAACAGAUUUCCCCAAAUUUAUUUCAAAAUUAAAUUUGUUGACGGUUUAUAACGAUGAAAGUAUGGUGUACAGAUUCAAAAUAUUUUAUAUCUUGUAUAAAUACAGUACUUUUUAAAUUAUUUUACAACAAACUGCUCAUGUUGAUUGCUUUUAGCUAUCAAUAUAUCAUCAUUGCCGAUCAUUCCUUUAAAAGAAUUACUUGUCUUUACUGAUAUAGGUAAGUGCACAGUGCAAAGGAAAGAUAAAGCGCUAUUUUAUAGUGAUUUAUUUUCAAUGUUUGGUUAGAAAAAACAUUCUAUGUUUCGGGCCUAUUUUCAAAAAUAUAUGAUGCGAUUAAUAUUAAUUCAUAUUUGUGUAAAAAAAAAACUGCCUAGAUUUUUACAUUCCAUUUUUAGAAGUUAAAAAGAAGAUAAUGUUUUUGUUGUUAGGAAAAGUGUAAUGAUUUUGUGCGCAUGUGUGGAACAAAAAUGAUUUAACUCAUAAAAAAAAUCACUAUCACAUCAACCAUUUAUAAUAGAAUAAAGUAUCAAUAAAUUUC